AUGAGUAAUAACACUAUUAGUGAAAAUCAACAACCAAUAAUAUCGGACACCAAUGCUACCAACACUAGCGACCGAUCUAGUAGCAAUGGUUCUCACCACCAUCACCACCAUCAUCAUCACCAUCAUAGUAGUACCACUACCACCAACAGUAGUCCUACAACCAGUAAAAGUAACGGGACUCAUCAUCACCAUCACCAUCACCAUCGUCAAAGCAGUAACCAUAAUUCCCAUAAACCAUCCAACGGUAGUACCAGUACCAUUUCUCAGAGGAUCGGGAAAUACCAAAUUAUCAAAACGUUGGGCGAAGGUUCUUUUGGUAAAGUCAAAUUAGCUUAUCACAUCACUACAAACCAAAAGGUUGCUUUGAAAAUCAUCAAUAAAAAGGUUUUGGCCAAGAGCGAUAUGCAAGGCCGUAUAGAACGUGAAAUUUCCUAUUUGAGAUUACUAAGACAUCCACAUAUUAUCAAAUUGUACGACGUCAUCAAGAGUAAAGAAGAAAUUAUCAUGGUUAUAGAAUAUGCCAGCAACGAAUUGUUUGAUUAUAUUGUCCAAAGGGAUAAGAUGAGCGAGCAGGAAGCCCGUAGGUUUUUCCAACAGAUUAUUAGUGCUGUAGAGUACUGUCACAGACACAAGAUUGUCCAUAGAGAUUUAAAACCAGAAAACUUGCUAUUGGACGAUAAUUUGAACGUUAAAAUUGCAGAUUUUGGGUUAUCCAACAUUAUGACUGAUGGUAACUUUUUGAAAACUUCUUGUGGGUCUCCCAAUUACGCUGCUCCAGAAGUUAUUAGUGGUAAAUUGUAUGCAGGUCCUGAAGUCGAUGUUUGGUCAUGCGGUGUCAUCUUAUACGUUAUGUUAUGUCGCCGUUUGCCCUUUGAUGAUGAAAGUAUUCCAGUACUAUUUAAAAACAUUAGCAAUGGUGUUUACACUUUGCCCAAAUUCUUAAGUCCAGGGGCAUCCAAUUUAAUAAAAAGAAUGUUAAUCGUUAACCCAUUAAAUAGAAUUACCAUUCAUGAAAUAUUCCAAGACGAGUGGUUUAAAGUGGAUUUGCCUGAAUAUUUGCUACCACCAGAUUUAAAAGGAAGUGCCGUCGCUGAUAGUGAUGAUAAGCAGCAAGAAGAUAAGCAGUCCAACAAAGAUGCUAAAGAAGGUUCACAGCACGAAGAGGAAAUUAACGAUGGUAUGGUUAAUAUGCUAGCUUCUACGAUGGGCUACGAGAAAAACGAAAUUUAUGAUGCUCUAGAAUCUGGCAAUAAUACACCUGCUUAUAACGAAAUCAGAGAUGCGUAUCUAUUGAUUAAAGAAAACCAGAAGUUCAUCGAGGAUUUGAAAAACAAUAACAAUAAUGAUUUUAAAAACAAUGAGUUUGAAACUUUCUUGUCUCAAUCACCACCGGUGUAUGAUCAAUCAUCAAGCUCAUUUUUAAGUUCACCCCCAUCUACAACAACAAAUGAAAGCAACGAGACUAAACACCACCGUAUUAUGAAACCAUCUAAUACUUCCAAUUAUUAUCCAUCAUCCUUUAAUAACGAUGUGGGUCCAGAUGAAACAAGUACUAUUGCGAUCUUACCCAGUUCGCUACCACAAAUACAUAGAGCUAAUAUGAUGCAACAAGGAUCACGAGCAGCCAUGAAAAUAACACCUUUAAAUAACAAAAAAUCAAAAACCAAGUGGCAUUUUGGUAUCAGAUCUAGGUCCUAUCCAUUGGAUGUAAUGGGUGAAAUUUAUAUCGCCUUGAAAAACUUGGGAGCAGAAUGGGCAAAACCCAGUGAAGAAGAUCUAUGGACUAUUAAAGUAAGAUGGAGAUAUGAUACUGGGUCCCUUGAUCAACAAAGGAAAAUACCAGACUUGAUGAGAAUGGUUAUUCAAUUAUUUCAGAUUGAGCCUAACAAUUAUUUAGUUGACUUUAAAUUUGACGGAUGGGAAACUAGUAAUGGUGAAGAAGGGAGCAGCAACAGUAGCAGUACCGAGGAAGAGAUGAGUACUUUUUCUGCUUACCCUUUUUUGCAUUUAACUACUAGAUUGAUUAUGGAAUUGGCUGUCAAUAGCCAAAGCUGA